UGCUUACUUUCACUCGUUUCACUUUGACAGAAGCUGGAAAACAUUUUAUACUGAGUCAGUUCUAAGAUAAUUCCUAUAAAGCUUAGGAAUUGACGUUUUCUGCGUUAGAUUUCAUGGAUAAAUCGAGCUUAUAGAUUAGGAAACUGUUUUCUUUUGUAUUUGAAGUUUUGAGGCGCUUGUUUAUGUCCUAGUCAAUGUGAUUUUUCUACGAAUAGUGAUGUCAUUAACAACGACAAACCUACAAGCACCCGCUGAGACAAUGAUCAGGAGUACGACCAGCACGGAGAACGAGAUAAGUGUGUUAAGYUCACGUCCCUUCAGAAGAGUCCAAGUAAUCGCAAUAACAGUAAUUGUCAGUGGUGUUAUCUUACUCAGUGUAGUCGCCAUUACGGCGUCACUUGUCAUUAGUACUCGAGGGAAUCCCGAAAAGCAACAAGAAGGACCUCAGGACGUUUCUACUACAGCAACAGCAACAAGAACAGUAACAGUAACAGCAACAGCAACAGCAACAACAGCAGCAACAGCAGCAACACCAAUACCAGCAACAACAGCAACCGCAAUAACAACUGCAACAGCAAAAGUAACCCCAACAACAUUAGCAGAUGUUUAUUCUUGGUCUGAAUGGAGCUCUUGGUUGCCUCACAAUGUUACUUGUGGAUACCAAAGGCGCAUGCGCAAGUGCCGAUUAUCGCACUCAAAGCAUCAUGGGACAUACUGCUCGGGACCAAUAGUGCUUACAAGAAAGCUURMUYUUUGUCGAGACUGUAAAGAAUGGCGUCUAUCUGGUGGUUCCAGGACCAGUGGUGUGUAUACUAUCCGUCCUGACAGUCUGCACCCCUUCCAAGUCUACUGUGACAUGACAACUGACGGUGGGGGGUGGACUGUGUUCCAGAGAAGACAAGACGGAUCUGAAGACUUCUUUCGUAAUUGGACCGAAUAUAAAACCGGUUUCGGAAACCUGUCAGGCGAGUUUUGGCUGGGUAAUGAGAAGAUACACAGACUGACAGCAGCGAACGAAUCGAGCUUACACGUGGACCUUGAAGAUUGGAAUGGUAACAUGAAAUACGCUCAAUAUCGUAGAUUUAACGUGGCUAGCAUUGGGUUGAAUUAUAGACUGAAUGUCGAAGGCUAUUCAGGAUCUGCCGGCGACUCUUUGAUAAGAGKACAUAACGGAAUGGCCUUUUCGACAAAGGAUAAAGAUAAUGAUGUUCAUUCAAUAAACUGCGCUCUCUCUAAGAAAGGAGCGUGGUGGUAUAGCGACUGUCAUGAUUCAAAUCUCAAUGGAAUGUAUGUGGAGGGUAGUAUCAACGAUCAGACUGCUGUUACGUGGUAUCAAUUUAACAGAAGCUUUGUGGCUUUGAAAUUCAGUGAAAUGAAACUUCGAGCCAUAUAGACCGAACCAUUCAGUACUUCCACUUAUUCCUUUUAAUUAUUUUGCACGGUUACAAUUAAUACAAUAUACAAUGUAUAAUAAAAUAUAUUUCCUUAUAAUAAGGCGCGAUCUCUGAACUGAUGGAAUUCAUGGCACGUCUAAUUCAUAGAUUUUUAGGCCAGACUCAGAAAAGCAAGACACAUGCAUUCAAUUUUAACGGUUGCCUAGCAACAAGCAUGAUUUUGACUGUUACCUAGCAACAACUAUGAUCUUCAGCUACAUUUUUACGCCAAAUAACUUCCAAUAAAUUUGAAAACGCCAUCAGUGAAGCUAUUCAAUUAUUUUCCCUAUGUUGGCUUAAGCUUAAUGCUUUAACAGUUUUCUUUUGCAGACCUCAUUAAAAUCCAAUCAAAGGCA